GACCUGAAAGAAAAAGCGCGAGACAGAAGGAGAAAACAAUGUGCGGCGGCGCCAUCCUAGCGGAGCUGAUCCCGCCGUCGGCGGGCCGUGCCUCGAAGCAGGUGGCCGCGGGCCGGGCCUCGCCAAAGAAGGCCGGCAAGAGCAAGGGGCAUAGGUACGGCAGCGUCGCCGAUGUCGACGACUUCGAGGCCGCCUUCGAGAACUUCGACGACGACCUCGACCUGCAGGCGGAGGAGGACGGCGACGAACAUGUCGUUUUUGCAUCCAAGCCUGCGUUCUCUCCGGGCCUGGCCUACGAUGAUGGCCGCGCGGCGCAGGCGGCGAGCAAGAAGAAGAGCGUCCGCCCCCUCCACGGCAUCCGGCAGCGGCCGUGGGGUAAGUGGGCGGCGGAGAUCCGCGACCCGCACAAGGGCACCCGCGUCUGGCUCGGCACCUUCGACACGGCCGACGAUGCCGCCCGGGCCUACGACGUCGCCGCCCGACGCCUCCGCGGCAGCAAGGCCAAGGUCAACUUCCCCGACGCGGCCAGGGCCGGGGCGCGCCCGCGCCGCGCCAGCCGCAGAACUGCGCAGAAACCGCAGCGCCCGCCUGCGCGGACGACGGCGUACUCUGCCACCGCAGCACCACGCGCACGGCCGGAGCAGGACGCUAUGAUGGUCAAGCCCGAGCGGAUGGAGUUUUCCGACGUGGACGCGUUCGUCGACCUCACCGCCGCCGUCGCCGUGCUACCGCCUGUCACGGCGAGCUCCUUCGCCGACAAGAUGCCGAGGGUCGACGAGGACUCGUCGGAGGGGAGCGGCGGCGGCUCCAUGUUGGGGUUCGCCGACGACCUUGGGUUCGAUCCCUUCAUGAUGCUCCAGUACGAAUCCAUGGACAGCCUCUUCGCCGGAGACGCCGUCAUCCAGGAUGCCCGCGGUGUGGACGGCGGCAUGGACGGCGUCAGCCUCUGGAGCUUCGAGGAGUUCCCCAUGGACAGCGCCAUUUUCUGACGUUUUCCGUGCGAUGCGCUCGAUCGGUUGUAAGAAUCUGCAUCUGGCAUCUAAGUAGUUCCUUGUUCAGAACCUUGCUGAGACCAGAUUAUGUUUCUUGGCCAGGAACGAAGGAAAGGGUGCUGCCGAUGCAUGGCUACCGCAUGAUUGCUUCCUUGAUGAACGCAGAUUCGAAAUGUAUUCCACUGUUUGAGGCUGCUCGUCGGACUGUAUGUGCAUAUGUACUGCUGGCCGCCUGUACUCUUUCAUGAUUUGUGCUAGUCUUUGGUGCUGUUGGUCAAUAGUCCUACCAAUUGAUCAUGUCGGUAGUGCCGUCUAUGACUGUGCUUGAGAUUGUUAAAUGCCGAAUAAGCUUGUGAGCCUGGUUA